GGUCGCGUGCAAUUAUCGCACGACACCGUGUUACUUUACUGCCCUCCCACCUGCGCCGCCGUUGCUUCAACUCGACUCCAGCACCCCUUCGUCUCGUCUCCGCAUCGCCGCUUUCGCUCCCGGUGACCCGGACCCGCCGGAGAAGCCGCCAUGGACGAGGAGUACGACGUGAUCGUCCUGGGCACGGGGCUCAAGGAGUGCAUCCUCAGCGGCCUCCUCUCCGUCGACGGCCUCAAGGUUCUACACAUGGAUAGAAAUGACUACUAUGGAGGAGAUUCCACCUCCCUAAACCUGAACCAGCUCUGGAAGAGGUUUAGAGGGGAAGACAAGCCACCGGCACAUCUAGGUGCAAGCAGAGAUUACAAUGUAGACAUGGUUCCAAAGUUUAUGAUGGCAAACGGUACUUUGGUCCGUACUCUCAUUCACACUGAUGUGACAAAAUAUUUGUCAUUCAAAGCUGUUGAUGGAAGCUAUGUCUUCAGCAAAGGGAAGAUUCACAAGGUUCCUGCCACCGACAUGGAGGCUCUAAAAUCUCCUUUGAUGGGUCUAUUUGAGAAGCGUAGAGCAAGGAACUUUUUUGUUUAUGUCCAAAAUUACAAUGAAGCUGAUCCAGUGACACAUCAGGGGUUGGACCUCACAAGGAUUACAACUAGAGAAUUGAUCUCGAAACAUGGAUUGAGUGAUGACACUGUAGAUUUUAUUGGCCACGCGCUCGCUCUGCACAGGGAUGAUCGUUACCUAAAUGAACCAGCCCUUGAUACUGUAAAAAGGAUGAAGCUUUAUGCUGAGUCUCUUGCACGUUUUCAAGGAGGCUCGCCUUAUAUUUAUCCAUUAUAUGGGUUGGGUGAGCUGCCACAGGCUUUUGCACGUCUAAGUGCUGUUUAUGGUGGUACAUAUAUGUUAAAUAAACCAGAGUGCAAGGUUGAAUUCGAUAUGGAAGGGAAAGUGUGUGGUGUUACUUCAGAAGGUGAAACGGCUAAAUGCAAAAAAGUUGUCUGUGAUCCUUCUUACUUGCCUAGCAAGGUAAGGAAGAUUGGAAAAGUUGCACGUGCAAUCGCUAUUAUGAGCCACCCAAUUCCAAACACAAAUGAGUCCCACUCGAUUCAGAUUAUUUUGCCACAGAAGCAACUUGGGCGCAAGUCAGACAUGUAUGUGUUCUGUUGCUCAUAUACACAUAAUGUUGCUCCAAAAGGGAAGUUCAUUGCAUUUGUGUCUGCGGAAGCUGAGACCAAUAAUCCGCAGUCCGAACUAAAGCCUGGAAUUGAUCUACUUGGUCAAGUAGAUGAACUGUUUUUUGAUAUGUAUGACAGAUACGAACCUGUCAAUGAACCAUCUCUUGAUAAUUGCUUUGUUUCAACGAGUUAUGAUGCUACUACACACUUUGAGACAACUGUGACAGAUGUUCUUAGUAUGUACACAGCGAUUACUGGAAAGACCGUUGAUCUCAGUGUCGACCUGAGCGCUGCCAGCGCUGCUGAAGAAUACUAGCUAGAGAUUAUCCUUAUUAAACAAUGUAUUUCCUCAAGAUAUCAUACUUUAAAGAACGGUGUAAGACAGGCCCUGCCUGGUGGCUUGCCAGGUUACCACAGUACUGUGCUGCAGGUGCAGCCGAUUAAACGGACAGAAACAGCAUAUCACCGUAUAUCAUUUAUGUGGUGUUUAAACGGGCUGAAGACCGUCUCUGUGAACAGUGGAUGCUGAUAGAUGAUGGUGGUUCCUAUGUUCCUUACGUGAUUGAUCGGAUGGUUAACUUUAAACAGUGUUCAUGUUUGCUAGAACCAGCUCGUUCUUGUCACUGAUGUAUCGUGAUCACUUCUCAGAUAUGCAUCAGCAUUUCCGUUU